AUAAGUUGCUCUUUUCCACUAUCAACACACCAAACAAAAACUGUAUACUGAUCAAAAGGCUCUCUCUUCAAUUCUCCUUUCAUUUCCAUCAUUAUGGAUCUCUCUAAGUAUCGCCCUUCAAGCGCAUACGAUGCCCCUUUCUUGACAACAAAUGCUGGUGGUCCUGUGUACAACAAUGUAUCUUCCUUAACUGUUGGACCUAGAGGGCCUGUUCUUCUUGAGGAUUAUCAUCUAAUAGAGAAGCUUGCGACUUUUGAUCGCGAGAAGAUACCUGAGCGUGUUGUUCAUGCUAGAGGUGCUAGUGCUAAGGGAUUCUUUGAAGUCACUCAUGAUAUUUCUCAUCUUACCUGUGCUGAUUUUCUCCGAGCUCCUGGUGCUCAAACACCUGUUAUUGUCCGUUUCUCUACUGUUGUCCAUGAACGUGGAAGCCCCGAAUCCAUUAGGGAUAUUCGGGGUUUUGCUGUCAAAUUUUACACCAGAGAGGGUAACUUUGAUCUGGUUGGAAACAAUGUCCCUGUCUUCUUUAAUCGUGAUGCAAAGUCGUUCCCUGACACGAUUCGUGCAUUGAAACCAAAUCCAAAGUCACACAUUCAGGAAAACUGGAGGAUCCUUGAUUUCUUCUCUUUCCUUCCUGAGAGUUUGCAUACAUUCGCCUUCUUCUACGAUGAUGUUUGUCUCCCGAUAAAUUACAGACACAUGGAAGGUUUUGGUGUUCACGCGUAUCAAUUGAUCAACAAAGCUGGGAAAGCACAUUAUGUGAAGUUCCACUGGAAGCCAACUUGUGGUGUCAAAAGCAUGUCAGAGGAAGAAGCUAUUAGGGUCGGAGGCACCUGUCAUAGCCACGCGACCAAGGAUCUCUACGAUUCAAUUGCUGCUGGAAACUAUCCUGAGUGGAAACUUUUCAUCCAAAUUAUGGACCCUGAGGAUGUAGACAAAUUCGAUUUUGACCCUCUUGAUGUAACCAAGACAUGGCCUGAGGAUAUCUUGCCUUUGAUGCCAGUUGGUCGAUUGGUGUUGAAUAGAAACAUUGAUAACUUCUUUGCUGAGAAUGAACAGCUCGCGUUUAAUCCUGGACAUAUUGUCCCUGGUAUUUACUAUUCUGAGGAUAAGCUUCUCCAGACUAGGAUAUUCGCGUAUGCUGAUACUCAGAGACACCGUAUUGGGCCAAACUAUAUGCAGCUCCCAGUUAAUGCUCCCAAAUGUGCUCAUCACAACAAUCACCGCGAUGGUGCCAUGAACUUCAUGCAUCGCGAUGAAGAGGUGGAUUAUUUGCCGUCAAGGUUUGAUUCUUGUCGUCCUGCUGAGCAGUACCCAAUUCCUUCUUGUGUCUUGAAUGGAAGGCGUGAAAUGUGUGUCAUUCAGAAAGAGAACAACUUCAAGCAGGCAGGGGAGAGAUACAGAUCCUGGGAACCUGACAGGCAAGACAGAUACAUCAGCAAAUGGGUUGAGUCUUUAUCCGAUCCACGAGUCACUCAUGAGAUCCGCAGUAUAUGGAUAUCAUACUUGUCUCAGGCUGACAAGUCUUGUGGUCAGAAGGUCGCCUCUCGUCUUACUGUGAAGCCUACAAUGUGAAGAUGAUCGAAAAUAAUUGGAAUGGUUUCAAGUUGCAAAUGCUGAAGGACUAAUACAAGAAAACUUCCGCUGUGCUAUAAACUCUACUUUUUUAAUCAUAAUGUGUUGUAUUUGUAUCGAAUUUCGAUGUCUUGUGUUUUUACUAUGAUGAUGUUGGGAACCUGAAUAAGUUCACAAGUUGUAUGUUCAAUGUUUCACUUUUUUUUUAAGUCAUGUUGAGUACUUGUUCACUUGGUACUUGAAGUACACACACUCAAUGUCAAUAAUACCACUUUCAUUUCUGUA